UCCCUCCCCCCCCCUCCUCUCUCUCUCUCUCUCUCUCCCUCCCCUUCUCGUCCUCCAGAGCGACGCCGUGCUCUUUUGUUCUCCAUUUCUAUAGAUGGAUUUCUUCUUCUUAUUCCUUGAAUCCAUGCGGCGGAAAGCUUCGUUCUGAGAGCGGAAGAGAUAAGAGAGAAGCAGAGGAUUCUGGUUCUUUUGGAGGACACCAUUGAUCCAUGUGAGACGUCUGGGAGGGUCGUGAGAUUUGUGCAAAGAACCGCUUGUUGAUUCAGUUGCGCAUUGGAAAUGAUGAGGAGACAGCUGAGGAGGAAAAGAAGGCGGAGGCGAUGGAGGCGAAGAGCGUUUCUCCGGCUGGAGAUUGUGCCUUUUCUGCCGGCGGAUACCAGAGAGUAAGCCCGGAUGUCCUUCCCCUCGGCAAUGGAAGGAAGCCCAUCCUGAGGACAAGCAAUGAAGACGACGCCGACCACAGUAGCAGAAACGCGAACCACUCUCCUUCCGAAGGCAAAUCCACAAGAGCGAGAUCGGUGUCGGUUUCGGCCGGCCCAUCCCCGUCCCGAGACCACCAGUUCCCUCGCAUCCCCGCCCCCUCCGAUUCUCCUACCUCCGCGGCGGCUACACACUCCGAGAGGCAACCACCCCCUUCCGCCUCCCCCAAAUCUCAGAGUCGGCAGCACCAUGACGCCGUCAACGGUGUGGGCAGCGACGUCAUCCUGCAGUGGGGACACAACAAGAGGUCCCGCCGGCCGAGAGCGUCAGGCGACGAGACUUCCGCCCACUUGAGGCAGUUGCUCAAGAUCCCGCGCAGAUCGCCUGCAUCGUCGUCGGCGGCGAUGCCCCCUCCGCCCUGUGGCGGCUCGUGCCCCAGGGCAGGCCAUCUGAGGACGUCUGUCCCCGUCCGCGACGCCAAGAAAGGCGUCGAAGACCAAUCGGGCGGCCCAGCUCGAUCCGAAAAGCGAUCGCCACCUGCCCCGCCGGAUAAAGCUCCGAGGGCCGCCGCCGACGCCCCGGCGAAUCCGUCUGGGCCGAAGCAGCCGCCGGCGGAUCAGGAAUCGGCUCCCGUCGCGAUCGCGGAGAAGCUGAGCCUGGAUCGGCUCGAGUGGCCUAAGAUUUACCUUUCCCUCUCGCGCAAGGAGAAGGAGGACGACUUCCUCGCCAUGAAGGGCACCAAGCUCCCCCAGCGGCCCAAGAAGAGGGCCAAGAACAUCGACAGGACCCUCCAGUAUUGUUUUCCAGGAAUGUGGCUGUCAGAUUUGACGAGAGGACGGUAUGAGGUGAGGGAGAAGAAAUGCGCGAAGAAGAGGCGGAGGGGGUUGAAGGGGAUGGAGAGCGUGGACAGCGACUCUGAGUGAUGGCUUCCGAAUUCAGAUGUGAAUGGGGGUUCUUCGUUUUGUUCCCUAGGUUUCGUUUUCCACAUUUAUACCCUAGUUUUUGGGCUUCGGGCGGAAGGGACCCCCGAGUUCUUGUACAGAUCUCCAGCUUCCAUCAAUGGAGAAAGGUUCUUCGUUGAAACACUUCAUUGGUUUUUAACUGUGGUUGGUUUCAUUAAA